AUGUCUAAGACAGUCAUCGACUCGAGACCAUGGGUGGAAAAGUACCGCCCACGGAAGAUUGCGGAGGUCUCUCAGCAGACCGAAGCAAAGCGUCUUCUUUCGAGGAUAAUUGAAACUGGCAACAUGCCGCAUUUGCUCUUCUUCGGUCCUCCUGGUUCCGGAAAGACGUCCGCGGCACUUGCGCUUGUGAAAGAGCUCUUCGGACGAGAAGACUCCAAGACUCGACUGUUGGAGCUGAAUGCGUCGGAUGAAAGAGGUAUUCGGGUGGUGCGUGAAAAGAUAAAGAAAUAUACGCGGACCAACACGCCCAAAGGAAAAAUCAACCCGGAAACAGGAAGGGAAAUGCCCCCGUGGAAGAUUGUCAUGCUGGAUGAGGCCGAUAUGAUGACGCCCGAUGCUCAAGCUGCCUUGAGAAGAAUCAUGGAAGCCUUCGCAAGAAAUACGAGGUUCAUAAUCAUAUGCAAUUAUGUACACAAGAUUAUAGAUCCUCUCUUCAGCAGAUGCUCACCCCAUCGAUUUGAGCCUGUGUCACCGGAUGCUCAAAUGGAAAGACUCCACAUGAUUUGCAAGGCAGAGAAUUUGACAGUCGAAGAUCGAGCGCUGGAGCGUCUGAUGAAUCUUACAUGUGGGGAUUUGCGCCGCGCAGUGAACCUCCUACAGUCUGCUGCGGGGAUACACCGGACGAUCACAGAAGACGCAAUUCUCGAGGUUGCAGUCCACCCUCCUACGUAUGUCGUUCAGAGCGUUCUCACGGCCUGUGCAACUUCUCCAGAAGCGGUGAACGAGGUGACAGAAGAAGUGGCGAAUCAGGGCUGGGACGUAGCUCUGCUACUGCAGGAGGCAAGUGCUGCACGCAGUGUGUGCGUACAAAAUCAGGGAGAAGCCGUUGAGCAUACAGCAGGAGCAACCACGAAUUCAUUGGAUUCCUAG